AUGGAUUUACCACCUAGAUAUGAAUUGCAUGAAGCUGCUAGACUCGGCAAUAUAGCUGCCGUAGAGUCUUUGUUGAAUGCAAAUCCCAAGUUGGCGGAUUUGCGGGACGAGGAUAAGCGCUUGCCACUUCAUUGGGCUCUCUCAAACAACCAUAAAGAUAUCGUAUUGGUACUAGCUUCUAUUAAAAGCUUUGAUCCGGAUGUUCAGGACGGGUCAGGCUGGACACCCCUCAUGAUAGCUGUAAGCCUUAAAGACGGGGAAGAAUUAGUCGAAUUCCUUUUACAAAAAGGCGCUGAUGCAACUAACUACUCAUCAGACUACGCGGGUCAGACUCCACUUCACUUUGUAGCAUCUAAGAAUAAUCUCGAUCUUGCUCGAAAACUCUUAGAACAGAGAUCGCCAGCAAAACCGACCAUCAGUGAUAAACGCCGCCAAUAUCCUAUUCAUCGCGCUGCUGCUACAGGUUCUACACCAAUGGUAAAUUUGCUAAUAAAGUAUAAAAGUCCCAUCAAUGUGGCGGACUCUUUUGGACAGACUCCUUUGCAUCACGCUAUUGCCGAAGGUCAUGGCGAUACUGCAAUAGCUUUAUUGAAGGCAGGCGCCGACCCUAGCAAAGAAGAUCAAGACAAAAAACUACCCCUAGAACUUGCCCCUGAUUCUCAGGUUCUAAAAUAUAUUAUUCGCACUGCUGAGAGCGAAGGCAUAGAACUGCCGACUAGUUUCAGGUAG